UCGACUCUCUGAAGUUCUGGAGGACUCGCUUCCUGCUGCUGCCGGCUGGAGGAGCUCGGCGGGUGGCAGACGGGGAGGGGCACUGGGACGUGUACGGGGAGGGAGCAGGUGCUGGGAUGGGUGGUAGCGGGGACUGGGUCCUGCUGGAUGGCUUCAUCCGCUUCCUUGAAGGCCUCAACCGCAUCCGGCGUCGCCAUCGCUCUGACAGGAUCAUCAGACAGAAGGGCACACCAAUGAAGGGACUGCAGGUUACCAGUCCUCUCCCUCCGUAUCCCACUGAGCCCGUGGUGCCCCCACAGGGAAAGAAAGGCACAUCAGCUUUAUCAGCCUUACUGGAGAUGGAGCAGAACCAGAAGACUCUGGAGGAGCAGCAGCAGGCAAAGCCCUCAACAGCCGUCAGUGACCCUGCAAGUGUCGCCACAGCUUCAACAUAUGUAGACAGUCCCCGCAAG